AUAUAUCACGGUCAAGCGAUCACCAUUCAAUUCGAGCUUCAUCCUGCCCUACAAGUUGCGCGAAGGGAAAGACCAGCUUGUGAGGCUUCUACUGUUCAGGUCGAAUGCCAUCUAUACUGGCCGCAAGAUGAGCUGUACGAGUUAUGCAAGAAGCUCAACAUGUCAUUUACGGCUUACGCACCACUUGGGUCUCCAGGAAGGAAGGCAAAACACCCAGAAAUGCCAUGGCCAGACGGCGAUCCAUUAUCGGAUCCUGUUGUAAAGGAAAUUGCCCAAAAGCACAAUAAAACGCCAGCACAAAUUCUGUUACGAUAUCUUAUUCAACUUGGUAGGAUUGCCAUCCCCAAGAGUGUGAACCCAGAGCAUAUAAAGGAAAACAUAAACAUAUUCGAUUUUACACUUACCGAAGAGGAGAUGAAUAAGCUCAAAGAAGUAAAAACGAGAACUCGCUUAUUCAUCUGGUCCUUCUCGUUUGAACAUCCAUUCUACCCCUUUGCUGACGUGGACCAGUCUAAAUACCCAAAAAAACCUAAGCUCUAAGA